AUGGACAGCUGGACUCUCCAAGGGGACAGCUACUCCUUCCUGCGCAGCGCGCCCCGCACCUUUUCCCUGCGCCAUCGUGACGGUACCCCAAACCACGUGGAGAUCUUUGACAUCACCAGUAUCCCAAACCACCGCAGUGCCAUCUCAGAGACCACCUGCCUGUGUGACAUCUUUGGGGACGAUUGUGAGUCACCAUCUCUCUCCAGCAGCCCUGCCUCAACGUCCGUUGUUCCUUCUCAGAGGGAGGUGAACGGGAGAGCCGCUGCAUCACCCCUUGUGGAUGACCUAAACGAUUCCUCAGGUUCUUAUCACACUGCCCAGGGCUCCAGUGAAGGAGAGGAGGUGUUCGAGGACUCAGCAGAGAGACUCCACAGUCCUACAUUACUGGCAGAGAAUUCAGAAAGGAGGCAGUCAGAAGACAAAGGAUUGAGCUCAGGGAACCCAGGGAUUUGUACAGACAUUGAAAGAAAAUUAGAACCAAACAGCAAAUCACCAGUACCUCAGAUAAAGAUAAGAAGAAGGGUCUCUGUACCUGAUAUCUUCAGCAGAGCAUCAACACCUGACAUAGAGAAUUCCUCCUGCAGUCCUGAGCUGCGUUCUUACUCUCCUGCUGGAAGAGACAACACAGCAGUACCUGAGAACCAAGACAGCGGGCUAUCACGUGAACCGAGCAGCACUGCAUCCACACCUGCCCCAAGAUAUACCCCUCCUUCGCCUCUUAUUUCAUUAGCGACCACUCCUGAACUUAGGGAGAAUAGUGUUUCUCCAGAAGUCAGAUGUGAACCUCCCUCACCCGGCCUGCUCAGCACUAGCUCUCCACUUGAUACUUGGUCAAGAACCCCCUCGCCUGCCCCUUCACCCAAAAUAGCACAUAUUUCCCCACCCUCUGAAACCUCACCUCAGACCUCCUCACCUGUAGUAGGUUAUAAUUUAGCCCCAUCACCUGAAGCUAGCAGCAGCUACUCUCCAGUAAAGCACAGACAUACUACUCCCUCACCUGAAAUCAGGAUUAUAGCAUCCUCACCUGAGGUCUGGAGAAAAGAGCAAUCUUCUGAAGUGGAAUUAAGAUCAAACUCUCUGGAUCCUCAUAUUGACUCCACCUUUUCUGAUCCCAGAAGCCUCACUUCAUCUCCUCACAUCACAGGAAUUAGUUACUCUGUUGUUCAACCAGAGGACAGGGACACUUCAUCAUUACCUGGACUCUCUCGUCUCUCCACACCCGAGUCUGGUAGGACACAUCUGUCCCCUGAACCAAGGAGCCCUACCCCAAGCAGAGACAGUACAAGGAGCAGCAUAACAGAAUCUACUGGUACCAAACAUCUUCACCUGAGCCAAAGCAUCACACUCCCUCACCUGAGCCAAGGAAUCAAACAGUUUCACCUGACAGCUAUCAAACUCCCUCACCUCAACACAGAAAUUCUUCACCUGCUGCCCUAUCACCUGAACCUAGGUGUCACCAGCAUUCACCAGCUGCCCUUUCCACUGAGGCUGAUCCUCAAUAUACUCAACCCACUCCUCCUCUCAGAGAAACACCUGAGAAGACAGCCACCACCCAAAGUUGCAAGAAAACCCAGAGUUAGAAUUGUGGAGGACAUGGCUCACCAUGGAAACAGGAGGAGAACUCCCUCUCCCCCACUCACACGAUUCACCCCUGUACACAUCAUAGCCCCGGAGAAGCCAUACAGAUCAUGGCAGAAUAGAAGCUGCAGCCCCCCUCAGGUGGGAGCAUCCUCACUACCUGGUAAUUUAAAGAAAGCUGUGACAGAUAGGGAAAGCCCCAAUGCUGCCCCCACUGACAAUAAUAAACAGGCCUACUGGGUUAGGCAGGAAAGGGAACUGGAGAGGGAGAGGCAAAUGCAGCUGGAGGAGGAGAGAGAAAGGCAGAGAGAGAGAGAUAGGCAGAGGCAAAGGGAUAGGGAGAGGGAGAUGAAGAGAGAGAGGAAGAGGGAGGAGCAGGUGCCUGAAAAGGGGGAGGGGUGGCAGGGGGACGCCAGUUACAGAGGGGAACAGGUUGAGCUGUCAUUCAAUGCCAGGAAUAGAAAAGGGCCUGCAAGUCGCAGCACAGCUCCCACAAGCAGAGGGACUCAUCAGGGAAUGCCAAUAGCGCGUUCCUAUCCAGAGAGCCUGCUUUCCACCAGACAGCUACAGCAACAACAGAGUCUCAUCAGAGUGCAGAAUUCCCAGCAAGACACCAGGGUAGGAGGUCCCACCAAGUGGCUUCAGCCUGCUGGACCUCCAAACAAGAACACUGCUCCUGGACGUGUGGCCACAAACAGGCCCCGCCAGAGCUCCAGCUCCAGCAUGGGAAGUGAGCUGGAUGAGGCAGACAAUGAAGUGAAGUGGUUUACAGACCUGGCUUUCCGCAGCCUGUCAAGCCCUGAAGUAGAUUACCUUGACAUGUACAACUCCAGUCAUUGUUCAUCUACGAAUAUUUCUCAGCCGUCUACUCAGGAGAGCCCAGCUGGGGCCAGCGCUGCCUGGCUGGCCUAUGCUGACUUCAAGGGGUCUGCUCCAAAGCUGGACAAUGAGGACUCCUCAUUCCAGCAGCCCCCUACCUACAUCUCAGAUGGCCUGGACCCAUCAAAGCGCUAUGAGAUGGGAAGCUUCGAGUGUGUAGAUGUGGCUGUGGAGAGAGAGGACUCCAGGAGAGGGAGGAGAGGAGUGCCAAAGCGACAGAUCCAGUUGAAGAGAAAGAAUACUGCUGAAAUUAAGCAGGAUGAGGGCAGUGAGGAUAGUUGCCCAGGGGUUCCUGUGAUGAUGGGUAGUCCGUCUCUACAGAGGCACUCCAGAGAGACAUUGGUAAGACAACACAGCACACCAGCAGCUGUGCAUGAAUCCUACCACCCUGAGCUGAGCCCUGAUCUGGAUGAAAAAAAUGAGAGGAAAUCUAAACUUCAGAAGUCUGUUUCUCUGGAUGAGACAUGUACCAAGACCAAGAUGGCUACUUGCCUUAUCAAGAGUGUGCUGUCCAAGAAGAUGCAAAGUGUUGAUAAACAAACUGAAGAGCAUGCGAGAGAAGGUGCAAGCUCCCCCUCUAAAGACAAAAGCCUGCCCAUUGAGAUUGAGAAUGUAGAAGCACCAUGCAAAGAGUUCCCAAAGCUUGACACCCAUAAUCUGAGCUCCAGUCUUCACUCAGACCACAGCCUUUCUUCUGAAGAUCUGGCUAUGAGAAGAGAACCAAGUACAAAGGGUGAAGUCAGACUACAGAAAAACUUUGGAGUGAAAUCCAAUAACAGGCCAAGUUCAAAUAGCAGCAACACAAGUUUUAACUUGCCACAGAGUGACAGUGAAGGGAUAGACUCUCCAUGCAGGAAUACAGUCUCAUCAAGAUCUGAAAUGAGGUCAGAACUGACAGUCCCAUUUGACAGUAAGCAGUCCACCACAGAAAAAAUCAUCCUCAAGACCGGAGGAAAACAAGGUGAUGACAGUAAAAGAUGGGAGGAAAAUGAGGCUGGUGACUCAGCACAUGCCACUGCCGGGAACACAGGAGCUCAUUUUGCCACUGAAGCCAGCAGCACACAGGUCAGAAUGACAAACAGAGACGGGGAAUGUGAAGUCCUUGGCACAGAAGACGAUAAACAACUGCAACAGGGUGACAACAAGAGCACCUAUAUGUCAAAAACACCAGAGAUUACCCUCAAAGCCAGUCCUGCCAUGAAGAGAAAAAAGAAAACCUCACUCAGUGUCUCUCUCGCACCAGAGGUGGAAAAUAAACCUGAGCCACAACAUGAAGCACCUUCACCAGAAAUGUGUUUCAGACAAACAGAAGAAAGUGCAGAGGCCAGAGUGGACAGGAAAACGGAAGAGGAACAAGACAACGAGAAUAAUAAAUCUAAAGCCCCAAUCCACAAAGUUAGAGAUGUUAGGCGGCUAGUAAAAAAUACAUAUAAUCUCUCAUUCAAAGCAACCAGUGUUGCAAAGCCAUCAGAUGAAAAUGAAGGGAGGACGGAAAAUUCACAGGAGGACAGAAGGGAAGAAAUAAAAGAGGAAAGGAAGGUGGACAUCAGACCCAUGCAGAUAGAAUGUAAAGCUGUUUGCUGGAAAGAGGACAAAAAUAAAAUGACACCUAGCAAGACAGACUCAGAGAAGCCAGGAGACAAACAUCCGGUUUCUCCUCAUCUUACCAUUGAGACAUGCAGUGAACCAGAGACUUCCUCUUCUUCAAACACACAGAGUUAUACAGCAAGGGACACAGCAAAGGCACAGCAAAAUCAACCUGAUCCUCAAAAGGAGGCAGAAACACACCUGACUGAGACAGAGACCCACAAAAUGCCAGACAGCGAGGACAAACCUGUGGUGGUUAGAAGAGACAGGAAACCCCCCAUGCUUGGAAGCCUCCCCAAACUCCCCAGUAAGGAGAGAGAGGUCUCCACUGCUGUAGUGGUGAUACGGGAAGGAUCCAGCAAGACCAAGACAUCUUCCUCCCCAGCCCAUGAGGAAAUUCCUACCUCACUCCAAGCCCCAUCUACUUCACCAUCACCUGGAUCCUCUUCUGGCACUAUACCUGGCAGCAGCAGUCACUCAGUCUCCAUGUUAUUAAAGGAGAAAGGCUACCAAGCUGACAUUGGAGCAGUGGUGGGUGAGGGCCAGACUGCAACUGCAGGCAAAGGUCUUCCCCAUAAGCAUGUGAACCGCCUGGAAAUCCCACUUCAGACAGCAAUGCCUUCAGAUGGAGCUCAGACUGAGUCACGGAGAGAAAGGACAUUCUCAUCCUCGUCCACCAAAUCUGACCCCACAGCACUUUCUGACAACACAGAGACCCUUAUAAAGACCAGUGAAGAAGAGGGAGUUAAUAAUAAGACUUCAAUAAGAGAUUCAGCAAAGCAAAAUAGUGUAUCUUCUCUACAAAAUAUUCAGCAACAAACAACAUCCCAAGUGAAACAAGGAGAUUUUGAGGCAGUAAAAAGACAAGAUCCAACUUUCCCUCCAAGAUCCCCUGCCAUGAGGAGAUUCAGACCUCAGCCGAUUGAGGUGAAGUCACUGUCUAAAGAAACACAGAAACAAGAGAUGCCCACAAACAACAUGCCAACCAACAGGCCACAAACCAUAGAGGUCAAAUCUAUAGCUAAGAACUCUCAAAAGCCAGUUGUGCCACCAAAACCAAGUUACAAAUUCAAACCAGCGGAUUUAGUCACAACACCAAACGAAUCACAGAAAUCAGUGGAGACAACAUCAGGUGUAAAACCACAAGGUGAGGAGAGGUCUCAAACGAUAGUAGUCUCCUCACCAACAAUCUACAGAAAGCUCUCCAGUGAGUCCACAGCAACAUCAAAUUAUACAAGAAAACUAGCUGUGUCCACUGUUUCCAGCUACAAACCCCCACCAAGCAAAACAACGGCAACCUCCAUAUCUAGUCUUUCAAACCGAUCAACAGCACCAUCGGAGACCGAGGCAUCUCAUGACAGAGCUCCGCAGCAACAGACAGGGGCUUCGCCUCAGAGCUCUAGACAUACACAAAGACCCACAACCUUAGCCACAGCUCCAACAUUAGCCAAGGGCCCAGGUCUAUCCUCAGCUCCAGGACCAGUGCCUGACCUGACAGCACAACAAGUCCCUGGACCCUCCUCAGUUAUAGCAAGCCAGGAAAGCCAGCCAGCUGUUAUGGAUACAAACAAUCAACCAUUGUAUCCCAGGACAACAUAUCCUCAAGACCGAGCUAUGCUGGUGACUUCUAACGACACAAAACAACCUGCUACUGUAUCCACAACACAAGCGCCAGGAUACACACACACACACCAUCCAUACCACAGGUCACUGUCCAACGAGCGUUCUCAGAGAGCAGAUGACCUGCGUUACUAUGCCUCAGAUGACCCUCCAAGCUAUGACGAAAGGGAGAGUUUCAGUCCCCUAUUGCUGCCAGAUUUAACCCCCAGGAGGCCAAAUCGCUACCAACCCACCGCCCGCCCUCCUCCAUGCUCCUGCACUUCUGGCUGCCCCUCCCACCCUGGUCUCACCCCCCCUCACCACCACCACAGCCCCCACAACAUCACCCCCCCAGGCCCCUCACACUCACCUGGCCAGGCAGUACCAUACCCUGUGGCGCAGCCCCAACUCCGUCCCCACCAGUGCAGAGCUGACCCUCAGCCUAUGAGCUACCAGCCGAGCUCUCCUAAAUCAAGUCUGCUCAGCCCAGGACAGCCACCAGCCAUGUACCAGCCUCUCCACCAGCCUCCUGCCUGCCCUCCACACCCUUCCCUCAUGCAGCCCUGCCCUUCUGACCGCCCAUUGCAGCCACCGCAGCAUAUUGAUCCCCGGCGGCCACCUGUCCACCGUUCUCCCCAGCAGCAGCCACCAGGCGUCAGUGGGUCCCCAUACAAUGAUCCUGGCCACAGCCACUCCCCUAACCUUCCAUCUAUGGAUCCCCAGUACCUGUGUGGCCCUCAAAGCCUUGGGCCGUCCUAUGGCUCUGAAUAUGGGGCUGACAGCUCCAGUCUGUACUCAGAGAGCAGCUAUGGACAGACACCUCGCAGAGUGCUCAUGGAUCCUGAGACAGGGAAAUAUUUCUAUAUUGAGGUGCCUAUGCAGCCACUGAGGAAGAUGUUGUUUGACCCAGAGACUGGUCAAUAUGUCGAGGUGCUUAUCCCCCAGCAGGCCAUGUCUCACUCAGGCCUCUAUCCUCCCUCAGCAGCCCCCUAUCCUUCCCUCCACAACCCCAGCAUGUAUGCCUCAGCUCCACAGUACCUACCCUAUGCAGCUCCACCUCCCCCACCACACCCACAGGGUCCACCACAGCCGACCCGCCAUCCCGAGGCCUCUGCCUCAGCAGCAAUGCACCAGAACGGGCCUGGAGUCGGCUAUGGGAAUCCCCCUGGUCAGGGAUCCAAGCCAGAGCCCCAGAACCAUCCACCACUAGACCAGAGCUACCUGGAGGGUAUGUAUUAUGUCCCUACAGGGAUGAAUGCAAGCCCCAAUCCCACCCCACCAGACUGCUACCACAAACAUCCCCCCAACCUACCCAGUGCAGGGGGGAAGAGGUCCUGA